GGAACGACGACGUUACGAGACGCCAUCUUUAAACCCCACAAGAACCCAACCACAGUGGAGACAUCACCGGAUUGACGAAACACGGAUAAAUAUACAUAAUAUGUGAAAAAUGUUUUCCAUACUUAAAUGACAAGCUCGGCUCGGUGCGAUGGGACAGAAUCGACACGAUGAGCGCUGCGGUCUUUUUAAGAAGGUCGUGAUGCUUGGCGGCCAACAACAAUAGACGGCGAGACAACAACAAGGGACUAGCAUCGGUGCUGUUUAGCAUAACUCACUCGGACACACCCAAAGGGGUUUAAAUUACCACCUGUCAUCUUUCAUAAUCGAAUAAUUCCACUUUAUUUAUUUAUUUUUGUUGCUGUCUUGCUCGCUAAAAAAGAAAAAAAAAAAAAAAAAAAAAAACCUCGGCCCCGGCUUCCUGCUCCCCCCCUCCCCGCUUCCCCCCCAAGCGGCCCGGCCGGAGAUGCGUGGAAGAUGUCGGUGUCGGGGCUGAAGGCCGAACUGAAGUUUUUAGAGUCCAUUUUUGACCCGAAUCACGAACGAUUCCGGAUUAUCGACUGGAAACCAGACGAGCUGAGCUGUCAGUUCAAUGUAACCGGGGAGAAGCUGUUAAUUAUCCACUGUAACAUUACGGAGUCGUAUCCGUCUACUUCUCCCAUUUGGUUCGUGGACUCCGACGACCCCAGCUUGGCGCAAGUGUUGGAGCGUUUGGAAGAUGUGAGGAAGGGCAGCACCUUGCUUCUGCAGCAAUUAAAGAAGCUCAUUUGUGACCUCUGCCGACUCUACAACCUUCCCCAGCAUCCCGAUGUGGAGAUGCUGGACCAGCCGCUACCCGCCGGCCCUGUAGGACAAGAGCGGAAGCAUGGGACAGAGGAGGUCACAUCAGAAGAAGAGGAGGAGGAAGAAAUGGGGGAGCAGGACAUAGAAGACCUGGACCACUACGAAAUGAAAGAGGAGGAGCCCGUAGAAGGCAAAAAGUCGGAGGACGACGGCAUCGAGAAGGAGAAUCUCGCCAUCCUGGAGAAGAUCCGGAAGAACCAGCGUCAAGACCACUUGAAUGGAGCUGUGUCUGGCUCAGUGCAGGCCUCAGACCGCCUCAUGAAGGAGCUCAGGGAGAUUUACAGGUCCCAGAGUUAUAAAACAGGCAUCUUCUCAGUGGAGCUCGUCAAUGACAGCCUUUACGAAUGGCACGUCAAACUACGAACUGUGGAUCCAGAUAGUCCCCUGCACAGCGAUUUGCAAGUCUUAAAGGAAAAAGAAGGAAUGGAUUACAUUUUACUUAACUUCUCCUAUAAAGAUAAUUUCCCUUUUGAUCCUCCGUUUGUGCGGGUGGUGUCGCCUGUGUUGUCUGGGGGCUACGUGCUUGGAGGAGGCGCCCUGUGCAUGGAACUCCUCACCAAACAGGGUUGGAGCAGUGCCUAUUCCAUUGAGUCUGUCAUCAUGCAGAUCAACGCCACUUUAGUCAAAGGAAAAGCCAGAGUGCAAUUUGGAGCUAAUAAAAACCAGUACAAUCUAGCCAGAGCACAGCAAUCCUACAAAUCUCUUGUCCAGAUCCAUGAAAAAAACGGAUGGUACACACCCCCAAAGGAGGAUGGCUAGACCUUACUUUUUUCCUGCACUUGGAACGUUUUUAUUUUCUUGUGACCAACAUUUUUUGGGGGGUAAUCAUUCAAACCAUUUAUGAACAUUUGUGAAGCCAAAUUCCUCUUCCAGUGACCGACCAACCGGCCAGAAACAAGCACAUUAGCACAUAUACAACCUUUCCCCUCUGCCUGUGGACGUUUAGCUUGUCGUCACAUAUUUAUCGUUGUACGUCUGAGCCGCCAUAGCAAUGCUUGCAUCCAAUACUUGAAGGGAAAACAGUGGACUGACUAGCACUGACCCUCCUGUUUGGUUCUGGAUGUUGCCGGGCUCAGUGGCCGAUUUUUACAUUGAUGUCACAGCUUGCUUUUUUGGCCAGAGACCCAGUCUAACCGCACUGUUGGAUCAAAUCAUAGAAGAGGAGGAUGCUUGUAACGCCAGCUUGCAUUUGGACUUCUGUUAAAACUCUGAUGCUCAAAGGAGGAAAGAAGAUCUUUUGUGAAGCGGACAAGGCGCAAAAGAAUGUGCAGAACCUCCCAGAUCACACUGUAAUCUAGUUGCUUUUAACACCACACGUGUAAACAUGUACAUUUGUAUUUCUGCAAGAGGAUUAAAUUGUUAAUAAUGUA